AUGGCAUUGCUCUUCAAGUUGAAGAGCCUCAGAUUGGGUUAUUCAAUACUUUCUUCUACAUUCGCUUCAAAAACUAAAAGGUUUGUUGUUGGAGAUCGAAAACCCUCAAAUUUUUCUCUUCAAAAUCAGUUACUCUGCCGACACUUCACCUCAGAAAUCUCGGCAAACCAACACAAUUUCACAGUCACUUACCUCAUAAACUCAUGUGGGUUGUCUCCAAAAGCUGCAAUUUCAGCAUCCAAGAAGGUCGAGUUGCAAACCCCAGAAAGAGCAGACUCCGUCUUGGCCCUUGUGAGAAACCAUGGACUCUCUGAAGCCCAGCUCUCAAAGUUUGUCAGGUUACACCCAGAAGUUCUUUUAGCCGAUCCUGAGCAAACCCUUUUGCCAAAGCUUCGGAGCUUGAUUCCUGAGAAAAAAGUUGUUUCUGUUUUGAAGAACAGCUCGUGGUUUUUCUUCGAAGGCCACUCCAAAAAUGUGGUGCCAAAUAUUGGUCUUUUGAGACAACUAGGUAUGCCCCAAUCAUGCAUUUAUCUGUUGCUGGCUCAUUAUAUUAAUGUUCUGAUGGUAAAGCAUGAAAGGUUUGGUGUAGUUGUGGGUAAGGUCAAGGAAAUGGGAUUUAAUCUGGAAAAAGCUACUUCCGUGUCUGCUCUACGUGUAUUGUGUGGUAGGCACAAGUCAGUAUGGAAUCGAAGUUGGGAGCUUUAUAGGAGUUGGGGUUGGUCUGAUGACGAUAUUCUUUCUGCUUUCAGGCGGUAUCCGCAGUGUAUGAUUCACUCGGAGAAGAAGGUAAUGGAAGUAAUGGAUCUUUUAGUGAACAACAUGGGAUGGCCGUCAAGAAAGAUUGCCCAAUAUCCUGUGGUCCUAAGUUUGAGUUUAAAGAGGAGACUGAUCCCAAGGUGUUCGGUUGUUAAGGUUUUGUUUUUGAAAGGAGUUAUGGAUGAAAACUUGCAUUUGGGUUCUGUGUUGCUGCCUGUGGAGAAGCACUUCCUGGAGAAGUUUGUAACUGCAUAUCUCAAGGAAAUACCUCAAUUGUUGAAUGUGUAUCAAGGGAAAGUUGAAUUCCAGGAUUUAUGA